UGAGGCAGCUCUUCUCUCUCUUUCUUUCCAAGUUUCUUUCCCUUUUCAGGACUCUUUUUGCCUUUGAAUUUCCAAUUGAUUUCUUAACUCCAAAUACAGUCCUUCCUAUUAUUAUCAUCCACUUUUGCUUCUAUACAAACCUAGCUCCAGAUUUCAAAAAUCAUACUAAGACCUAUGGCAUCAAACUCAAUUACGUCUUCACGUAGCACUUGGACACCAAAGCAGAACAAGCAAUUCGAAGAGGCUUUGGCUUUGUAUGACAGGGACACCCCUGACCGCUGGCCAAACAUAGCCAGGGCUGUGGGUGGGAAAUCAGUGGAGGAAGUGAAGAGGCAUUACGAGAUCCUUGUGAAGGACAUCAUGCAAAUAGAAUCUGACCAAGUACCUUUACCCAAUUACACGGCUGCUGGAAGCAAUGGUAGAGCAUUUGCCAAUGAACAGAGGCUUCUGAAGAACCUAAAACUGCAGUAAUGCAGAAGUUGCUACUACAUGAUGGGUGAAACCUACCAGAUGAUCCGUAAAAAGGAGAUGCAAAACUAUUAAACAAGUAUAUCGUGUGAUAUGGUUACUAUGUCCUCGUUUGAUUCUAUCGUCCUUGUGCGGUUGAAUCAGUCUAAUUAACGCCACAAUUGUGUACUAAUAACUCU